AAGGUGACAUUGACAUUUUGCUGGACAAAUUUCACCAGGAAAAUCAAGGCCAUGUCUCUUCCUCAUUCACUGCUACCUCUACCAAGAAAACAGCCGUGCUGGAUGCCAGUGGGGUUCCCGUGUGCACAAGUUAUCAUCAGGAGCCACGGGGCAUCCGGCCCUUUCAGCUGGCGGUGGCGCAGAAGCUCCUUUCCCACGUGUGCUCAAUCGCAGAUUCCAGCACCCAGAAUCUAGACUUGGGGUCCUUUGAGAAGGUGGACUUUCUCAUUUGCAUUCCACCGUCAGAGGUGACCUACCAGCAGACUGUGUUCCAUGUCUGGCAUUCAGGGGUUCUGCUGGAGCUGGGCCUGGAGAAAGAGCCUGUGACCAAGCAGAGGGCGGAGCAACACGUUCUGAAACUAGACACGGAGGCCCAGGCAAGAUUUAAGGCCUUUCUGCAAAGCUCCUUCCAGAACCCACAUACGCUCUUUGUCCUCAUCCACGACCACGCCCACUGGGAUCUAGUGAGCAGUGCUGUUCAUAAUAUCUACUCUCAAAGUGACCCAUCUGUGGGAUUAGUGGACAGGCUGCUCAACUGCCGAGAGGUGAAAGAGGCUCCCAACAUUGUGACCCUCCAUGUGACCUCUUUCCCAUAUGCACUGCAGACUCAGCACACCCUCAUCAGCCCCUACAAUGAGAUCCACUGGCCCAUCUCCUACAGUAAUGGAGUGGACCUAUAUCAUGAGAAUAAGAAGUACUUCGGGCUGUCUGAGUUUAUUGACUCCACCCUGUCAGGUCACAGUCUUCCUCUGCUCCGAUAUGACAGCUCCUUUGAGGCCAUGGUCACUGCAUUGGGGAAAAGGUUCCCCCGCCUGCACAGUGCCGUGAUCAGGACCUUUGUUCUUGUGCAGCACUAUGCGGCCGCCAUGAUGGCCGUGAGUGGCCUCCCGCAGAUGAAGAACCAUACAUCAGUGGAGACCCUAGAGAUCACCCAGAACCUCCUCAACUCCCCGAAGCAGUGCCCCUGUGGCCAUGGGCUCAUGGUCCUGCUGCGUGUGCCCUGUUCACCCCUGGCAGCUGUGGCCUACGAGCGACUGGCCCACGUGCGGGCUCGGUUGGCCCUGGAGGAACACUUUGAGAUCAUCCUGGGCCACCCCAGCUCCAGCAUCACUGUGGGCAAGCACUUUGUGAAGCAGCUCAAGAUGUGGCAGAAAAUUGAAGAUGCGGAAUGGAGGCCUCAGACUUACCUGGAGUUGGAGGGCCUGCCCUGCAUCCUGAUCUUCAGUGGGAUGGACCCUCAUGGGGAGUCACUGCCACGGUCUCUGAGGUACUGUGACCUGCGUCUAAUAAACUCCUCCUGCCUGGUGAGGACAGCCCUGGAGCAGGAACUGGGUCUGGCUGCUUACUUUGUUAGCAACGAUAUCCCCUUGGAGAAGGGGCCUAAGAACGAGGCCCUGGAGAGUGAUGGGGAGAAGCUGAGCAGCACAGAUGAAGAUGAGGAGGCGGGGACAGAAGGGUGUUUUGAAGCAGGCUCCACCUCAGAGCAGAGGGGUCCUGUGAAGAGGGAACGCUCCCACUCCCAUGACUCUGCAUCUUCGUCCCUCUCCUCCAAAGCCUCUGGCUCAGUGCUCUAUGGUGAGUCCCUGGCUCAACCCUCAGGACCUCCUCAGGGAGAGCUUGCCAGAUCACCUCCACCCAGUGGCCCUGCAGAGGAGGGCAGGAUGCCUGGGGAGAUACAGCGGCUCCGAGUGAGUCAGGGACCUACAGUCAUCAGUAGGCACAGCCCUGGCCUGGUCCCACAGCCUGAUUCUAGCCUCAGGACUGGCCGGAGGAGCCUGCAGGUGCCAGCCGCCCCAUCCUCCCAGCUGUCCUCCUCCUCCUCCUCUUCCUCCUCGGGCUCAUCAUCCACAUGUGCAGUGCCCACUGCUAAUGUACUGGUCCUUCAAGCUUCUCAGUGUUCCAUGGCCAAGGCCUGCCGGCAGCCGCCCAUUGUCUUCCUGCCUAAGCUUGUAUAUGAUAUGCUCCUGUCCACCGACAGCAGCGGCUUGCCCAAGUCUGCCUCCCUCCUCCCUUCUCCUUCUGUUAUGUGGACCAGCUCCUUCCGGCCCCUGCUCAGCAAGAUGAUGACAUCAACUGAACAGUCUCUCUACUAUCGGCAGUGGACAGUGCCCCGGCCUAGCCACAUGGACUAUGGCAACAGAGCUGAGGGCCGUGUGGACAGUUUCCACCCCCGCAGGCUGCUACUCAGUGGGCCACCUCAG